AUUCCGACCUAGGUCAGCCGCACACAGAAAAGUAACUCCUCCAAGUCCGCAGCCCUCCCUCCUUUAAUUACGGACGACACAAGACCACACACUCACACGCCUCUCACAUCUACCUACACACACUCGAUUCACAACUUUUCCCCACAUCCACAUUUUUUUCUCCAUCAGGUAUUAAAAAACAAACCAAUUACCAACUGAGCCGACAACCGUGGAGUCAAGUCCCGUAACUCCGCACAAUGCAGUCGGCAUGACAGGUUCUCCCCCUUUUUUAUAUCUCGUUUCCUACAAUAGCAUUAUCCAAUAAGUUGUGUCCCUUCGUGCGUAUUCUCCCUUGUUUUACCCGAUGGCUAAAACAAUUUAUUCUUUUUGAAAGCGGACAUUUUAUUUUGUUUUCUAUUUCAGUUCGCGUUUACCUUCUGCGUGUUGCCGGCUCAUGAAUGGAGAAUCCAGUUAAUUCCAUCAUUGUUUCUACGGCGUAUUGGUGUUGGCAUGAGUGACCUCACAGACACGAUACUUUCAUAAUUAGACAAGAUUUCAAUCUAUGAAACCUGGAAAUUCCUAAUCUGGAUAUGUCAGUGUGUAACAGUGAAAUGAUGCUCAUGGUAUCGCCUUACCGUCGAAUGACUGAUAUACUUGGUCAAGCUUGAAGCCUUCUCAGAAUGUUAAUGGCAUGUAUUACAACAUGAAGUCAUCUGAUAUACAAGGAACGAUGAAGACAUUACAGCGAAUGACAUGAUGAUAAGUGCGAUGAUAUCCUUGAUAACAUCUGUACAUGUUGCUCUUUGACCCCAGGUGUGAAUCAAUCAAGGUCACGCAAUUCGUCUGCUGACAACCAGGGCCUUUGGUCGCGGGUUAGGUACAAUGAAAUACGAUGUCAAAGGUCAAACGUAUACACAAAGUAAUGAUGGACUAUUUCUUUAUGCCCCGUGAUACGGAUGUUAACGACGUAUGGCAGAGAACGCCUCAUGGGCAGUAACUCUCUUGACUACAUUGGAGUGACGUCAGGGAGUAUGAAUAUCUGAGUGAAAUGUUCGCGUGUGGAUUUGUAACGGACAUUGUUUUAAAGUGAUGUAAUGGAAGAUUUAAAAAGAGACGUUUAUGUUAUUUCAUCAGAGCAAUAUGAGACAUUGCCUUUUUAAAAUGUUAUUUGAUCAUUAAAGUUACAAGCUAAAGUUCAAGAAGAAAAAUAUUUAAUCGAUGUACGAAGCUAAAAUGUGAACACAUUGUCUAUAGCAUAAGUCAUUUGACGACAGUAAUCAUAAUUAUAUAGUUCGUAGUAAAAUAAGAUGUGCAUAUAAUUACAUAAGAUUAUAAGGUUUCAUACCGGAAUGUAAUAUCUGUAGUAUGAUUUUGGUUUAGAAAGGAUACUGGACUAGCAUGGCGAUAAAAUGAUUGUAUUUCAAACAAGAGAUUUAACAGAGCGUUAAGGUCUUCUGCAGACAGCCCAGGCAAGUACUAAUUGUCAGACGACUCGUCACAAAGAACAGCUACUCUAGCAGACUACCAUUCACAAAGUACUGCUACUCUAGCAGACUACUAUUCACAAAGUACUGCUACUCUAGCAGACUACCAUUCACAAAGUACUGCUACUCUAGCAGACUACCAUUCACAAAGUACUGCUACUCUAGGAAACUACUCUCCACAGGGAGCUUGUACUCUUGGAGACUAAUGCCAAAAGCGAAACUGCUACUCUCGGAGAUUACUUUCACAUUGAACACUGGUAGAUUAGUUUCCAGAGGGAACUUCUACUCUAGAAGAUUACUUUCCUCAGGGACUGCUUGUAUCAUUAUCCCUAAUUAGCGUUGAGCUCGUGGUAUGACAAUAUCGCUCCAAGCCGCUAUGCCGGCACUUAAGGAGAUUAACCUGAAGGUCAACGUGUCCUACGGUGACGUGUCGCUCAACGAUGACAACAGCGCCUCCACCAACCUGAUUCUCUUCGUCUUCUGGGGCAUCUUCCUCCCUUUAGUGGCCACUGUUGGUCUGAUUGGGAACACCUUGACCAUCAUAGUCUUAUGGAGGAAGGAGAUGCACUCGACUACAAUACUUUAUCUAAGAGGACUGGUCAUCACGGACACUGGCAUCCUCAUCGGCUCAGUGCUCGCCCUUACACCAAUAAGCUGCGCGAACUAUCUCCAAGGUGACGCCCUCUUGUACUUUAAAGAUACAGUGUAUCCAGUGCUCCACACCCCUGCCUACUAUCUAGUGAUGACGCUGCAGCAGUGUAACGUUUGGGUCACAGUCUCCGUAUCUAUGGAGAGAUACAUCUCCAUCUGUCACCCUUUCCGCGCCUCCAGGCUCAUCAGCAGGCGCAAGACUAUCAUGGUGAUUGUGGUCAUCGCCUUUGUCUCCCUCAUUUACAACAUCCCCCAUUUGCUGGCCUCCGAGGCGACGCCCUGUACCGGAACGACGCUGCCCGAAACUACAACGAUUCUCGCGGAAGCUGGGGGGUUGUCCUCUUCCCAGUUUCCCGCUUCUCAGCCCCCUGUCAUCCAGACUCCUCCAACGAACGAACCCAAAAGGCGUUGUCUCAUUGUGGGCACCACAGACUUUGGCAACACGGAGUUCUACAAAAUCUACCGCACCAUCAUGUACACCAUUUUGAUCUACGUCAUCCCGUUUCUGGCCCUGGUCAUCCUCAACAGCUUCCUCAUCAAGGAGCUCAUGGUCAUGCAGAAGAGGCGCGUGGGCACGAACAUUCACGAGGAGAACGAGGCCAACCUCAGCCUCGUUCUCGUGCUGAUCGUCAUCGUCUUCAUCUUCUGCCAAACCCCCGGGCUCAUCUCCCAGUUCGACAUCAUCAGCGUGGACGUGUUCUUCUGCUGGCUGGCCGUCAGCAAUCUCCUGUUCACGCUCAACUCCGCGGUGAACUUCCUUAUUUACACGGCGUUCGGGCGUAAGUUCCGGCACGUGCUGCUGCGCGUCUUCCGGCAUGUGUUUAACAAGAAGCGUCGCUUCUCCACGCAGUCCAGCAUUCGGACUACGCAGGUCACGCUCAACGAUCAUGAGUCCAACAUGGAUACAGACACGCGUUGCUCCUCCCUGAGCUCAUUGAAGUGCUACAAGAAAGACAGCAAGAGCUCCGACAGCCUGCAGGAAACUGUGCCACUAAACCAAAUCAAGGGAGAUAAAAGGCAUACUACCCACAACGGAAACUAUUUGAAGCGUAAACAAGAGUUAGCGCCCAUGCCGGAGUCUGAAAGCGAGGUCUUGGAAUUAAUGGGGUCAAUUCCGAUAAAUACCGACAACUCCGACAUUGGCCUAAAAAAUGAUCAAACCUUCAAUGAAUGUGAGUCCAAUCAUGUGGAACAGGAGUAUAAUUCAAUAGAAGACCUUUCUGCUUUGACAAACGGUGGGAUUAAUAAUAACAGAACUUUCACCAAGACUGUGAACUUUGAACCUGAGAUCGAGAGUCAUUCAGACACGUACGAAGGAUUAUUGUACCACUCCCUGGAGGUCAACCACGACGAGGAGUGUGAAGUGAUGCGUAAAAGUUGAUAAGACAUGCUUGAGACAUGGUAAAAUAUACCUGAGACUUAAUGUCAAAGCUCUUAAGACACAUGAGACAAUAUAUUUCACCAUUGCAAAAUACAACAAGGAAUCUCCUGGCCAUAGGAUUUAAAAUCGUUAUCCGAUUUGUUUUUCAAUCAUUCAUCAUUGGAAAUGUAUUUCUUUUUUAUUUAGAUUUGUAAAUUCAUUUGUCAUCUAUUUACUGUGAAAAGCAAUAAGAUAAGAAUGUAAAAAAAUGAUAAGAUAACCCAAGAAAGAAAUAUUGCAAAGAAACCAUUAGCAAUCAUAGAAUGUUAUUUCAUUUUUAAGUAAUACAAUCCUAAAUCGAAUUUAAAUUGAUACAUAAAGGUAGAUGAUAAACUGAUUUACUUUGUCAUAAUAUUAAUCAUAAUUGAUUCAUAAAACUAGUGAAAGAAAUGUUUCUUAUUUUAAACACAAAAGGCACAUUACUCAUUCCAUAUGCUAGGACAAAUUUGUACCAAUCAUCCUUCUUUCUUAGUGCUAUUAGUGCAUGGAAUGGGUUGUCGUGAGUCAGCCAGGAAAACCAAUGACUUGGCAGAAUUUAAGCCAUUGAUUAACAUGCAUGACAAGAUUGACCUAGAAACACGCGUAGGACGCAUUCAUCUUCUUUUUUUGAAGUAACGUCUGUAUUUCAUAAGAUAAGAUAAAUACAAACUCUUGUUAUAAAGGGACAGAAGGCACCAAGACAAACUUUUUGGGCGUUCGCUAAGUUGUUUUUGUUUUUUUAAUACCACAAACCACUUGUCCAGACCGUCCUAUCAAGAGCUACAAUUUGAAACGGUAAAUUCAAAUACUCACGACAAGGUACUCUUAGAUUCUAAAAUUUGUAACGCAUAUUUAUAGUUUGUAUUUUAUAAACGCGGCUUUUUUUUUUUCGAGAGACUCUACAAAAACCACAAUGUAUCAAAUCAAAACCGCAAUAUGAUUGUCUUUGAGUAUGUUUGGUUCGAUUCUACCUCAAAGCACUUCUCUAGUCUCUAGGAAAUUAUAUUGCGAAUUGAUCAUUGACCGAUUGAUAUUCAAGAAAAUUCGAUUAUACAAACAGUUUAAUACAUUACAUGAAAUUUUUUUUUUUAAAUUUUAAUGUACAAUACAAGCGUCGCUUCACCUAAUUGUUUAUCAGAGGCAUUUGGUCAUCUGGUAUGCGCUCUGGACUGUCCUCUCGAUGGUCCCGGGUUUGAACCUUGCCCAUCACCACCCAACUUGGGCGUUACAAUCUUCAGUUAAGGACAACGGAAACAUGUCUAACAAACAAACCUUGAACUUUAGUGUUUGUAUCACGAUUGCUUGUAUCUUGAUUUACUAAUCAUUCUGCAAAUCUCUAGGAGCAGAUCUAGGUAUCAUUUAAGUAAAAUAUCCCUUUUCAGACCUUGUGGUCUAUAGGGCAGAGGAUGUAAAGGUCAUUUGUUUCUGUGGCCUAUGGUUUACGAGGGUGUAAUGUGGCCAGCACAACGACCAACCGCCUUUACUUUUCCCCAACUAAUAUCAGGUGCCCAUUAGAGCUGGUGGACUCAGAGGCACCUAAGGAUUCCGAAGUCAGGUACCCAUUAGAGCUGGGUGGACUCAGAGGCACCUAAGGAUACCGAAGUCAGGUACCCAUUAGAGCUGAGUGGACUCAGAGGCGCAAUUAAAAAUCACUGUCUUCACCAGGAUUCGAACCCGGGACCCAUGUUUCGGAAGUUAAGCGCUUUACCGCUCGGCCACCGCGCCUCCAGGUAUCAUUGACCUGUAUUAAUACUCAUCAUUUCGCUUGAAAUUAUUGAACGCUUUGAAAACCACAGAUCGACAAUGCGUGCCGAAAAGCUGUUUGUCUCUCAACUAUACACUUCAAUAAGAUGCACUUUAAGGGAGUCGUUUAUUUUCUUUUUCUAAGCCACCAUGUCGGUCAAAGAGUUAAUUGAAAACUUAGUUGAAAAAACACGUAGGCUCUUGUGGAGAGAAUGAAAAUAAUUUGAAUUAUUUCCCUUUAUUAUCUAUGACCUAGAUCUACUUAUGCAUUGGUGUUAAUAACUUCAUGUUUGAUGUACAAUCAGGCACAUAGUGAAACUCCGCGACAUUUUUUUAAGUGAAACACCGCGACCUUUUUUUUUAAUGAAACACCGCGAUAUUUUUAGUGAAACACUGCGACAUUUUUUAAAGUGAAUCUCCACGACAUUUUUUUAGUGAAUCUCCGCGACAUUUAAAAAAAAAAAUGAAACACGGUAACAUUUUUUUUAGUGAAACGCCGAGACAUUGUUUAGUGAAAUACCGCGACAUUUUUUUUUAGUAAAAUAUUUUGAAAUUUUUUUUUUAGUAAAACACCGUGACAUUUUUUUAAAAAGUGAAACUCCGCGGCAUUGUUUUGGGAAAUACCGCGACAUUUUUUUAGUGAAACACAGUGAGACUUUUUUCCCCCAUGUUUUGAAGGAGUGAUGUUUUUACUGUUUCACUGACAGCUUGUGUCGUUGUCGUUAUCUGAAACAGAAACUAAAACAUAAACGGUAAUAAGAAAUAAUACGUUAUAAUAAGAGAAACAUGUAAACGAAGACAACUCGUAAAUAAUCAACGGAAAUCAAACUAUGUUAGGACUAGUCAUCACGAAAAAUGUAGUGAUACUACAAUUUACGAUGUUGAAUCAUCACUUCCCAUUUAGUCAGGAUGAUGUGAAGGCGUCUCUGUGUAACGGACAUUUCUUACUGUUGAUGUACAAUGUUGAUAAGUGCAACUCCCCACCCCUGACACGCCAUCCAGCAAUGUUACUUAACAUUUAUGUAAAUUUUUAAAACCAGUUUUUUUGUCCAUUUUUCUCUCACCAAGCAAUUAUUGAAAGCAAAUUAUUUUGUUUAGUAAGGUACUUGAUCUAAACAUAUAUAUAUAUAUAUAUAUUAUGGAUUCUCGAUCUAAAUACUGUUAUUGUUAAUUGUUAUUGUUUAGAUUAUGACCUUGUAAAGAAUAGUCGACUAGAUUAGAAAAUAUUCUUGUGAUAAGACUUUGUGAUGCAGAACAGUGAUGCCUUAACUGCGACCCUCGCGUCACAUCCGGUCCGUGACGAGGUGCUGUUUGACUAAUUGAGAAUCGUACCCACAAUACAUACUGAUACUGCAGAGGAUACGUCUCAAGUGACUAGACUUUUGGUGUGCUGUUAUGUGGUCGUUGGCACAAUUUAAAAAAGAUGAUGAUGGACCUCCGGGUCGAAAAAAGAUUGGUCUUAACUUUUUUUGUGCUAGGGACCUAAUUUAUUUUUGACAAGCACCACGAGCCGGAUUAGACUCGCGGGCCUUGGUUCUGGUAUCACAAUUCAAACUACAAUAAGUUUACAACCUUUAUCUAUAUUUAUUUUUAUUAUAUAUUAAAGCAAAGAGUACGGCACACACAUGUAUGUAUGAAUGUAUGUAUGUCCCAAAUACAAAUCAAAACCGUUUAACCAAUCUCGAUUAAACUUGACAUGAAAAUUCCAUAGGUUAUGGCCGAGAGUGUAGUGUAUGUUUAAUGUCCCUCCCACAACAGGACUGGGCCCUAAGAAUAGACAAAAUGUAACUAAUGGUAUCUCUAUGAAAGGACGAAACUGUUGAACAAAUUGGGUAAACCCGUUUUCACUGUAUUUUCUAUUUGAUAUGAAUAUGUCGUCUGAAUGGAUCACAAUCCACAUAAAGCAGUCUAUGAUCAAGUCUUGGACCGCUUUCCACAUAAAGCAGUGUGUGAUUUUGGCUUGAAGUCCGCUCCAGAAUGUUAUAAACUAUAAACUCUCAAAACAUGUUCCAUAGACAUGUUUCUGGUCUUACAUUAGAUCUGUCUGCAUUGGAUUACUCAAGACUACGUGCCUAACCCUAGUCCAGAUAUGUGUGCAUGGUCCUUAAUCUGUGUUCGGAUAUUAUAGAAUUCUUAACUCUUUCUCUCCGUAAUUAUUUCUCCACGUUUUGAAGGAAUUCUUCAUUUGGCUCAUGACUAUUUCACUACCUUGUUAUGAUUGGGCUUCAAUAGCUUUGUUGUUUUUUAUCAGAAAAUGUUGUAUUUGGUAUAGAAUUAAAGGGGAAUGCAUGCUCUUCUUAUAUAUAUCAAAGUCAAAUUAAAAAAAAUUAAUCAUUAAUUUAAUUUAAUGAGGUCAAAAUCAACGAUAGUAUCGUCGAUUAGGAGAGAAAGAGUUAAAGCGAAUCACUGGAAUGUGAACCUAGGAGAAGUUCAAUCACUAGUUGUGAUAAUUUCUCUUCACUCUGUCUCUUAGAGUUUGUAUCAAAAAAAAUACAUGUAUAAGCUUGAUUUAAACACGGUUUUAUCUCAAACUAUUUUGUAUUGAUGACUCGACAUAUAGUCAUGAUGCCUGUUGAUUUACAGAGAUUGAUCAGACAGUAUUGAUUGAAUAGACUGUGUGUAUCAGACCAGAGAUCGAAUCUCGGUGAUUUGUAUUUUUUUUUUUCUGUUUGAUCUUAAUUUUUGAUCUCAUUUUCUCCAUCGAGCAGAAGUGAAACGUCUGCCAGGAUAUUUCCUUGCUUAUUAACGUCACGACAAAUGAACUAAUACUUAUGGACUCAUUCAAUGUUUUUGUCAUUUUUACUCAGUUGGAUAAUGUAAUAAAAUAAAUAACAUUUUUGAAUGUUAAAAUACUAUACUGUAAAUAUUGUGCUGUAUUUAUCUUAUAUUUUUUAAAAAAUAAUUAUGUAUAUGUCAUAAAUAAAAUGUUUUCAAAAUGUU